AUGCUGCUCUGGCCAAUAAAUAUAGGAGAUAAUAAGAAUGCAAAUGAGGAGGAAGAAGUGACAAGACAUACCCGGGCAACUGAGAGAGCAGCUCUUGAGCUGGUGUUGUGCAAGGAAGAGCUCAAGCUGGCUCAGAAGGCCAUUGUCAGCCUGGACCAUCAGUUGAAGAUGUCUGAAACAAGCCUACACACCUCAGAGAAACUUUGGACGGCUUCGGAGGAAGCACUUGCUCAAACAAGUGUUUUGUAUCAAAUAGCCCUGCAGGACAUCAAGGCUAUGGAGACUGGGGUUGCAGAUGCAUGGAGAGAGCUUGAGGGCACAAGGAAGGAGGUAGAAGAGGUGCAUCGGGCCCUGAGGGAGUGCUUCGUGCAGUUAUUAUUGACCUUGCUUUGGGCUGGUUGUGCACAAUACACAAUUGGCAAGAUCAUACAGAAGCUGUACAACACUGUUGGUAUCAAGAUUGAGCAAAAAACUCAGCCAACGUUCCGUAGCACGCAUCCUACUCAAGGGAGGAAUUGCAUUGCAGCUGCAGAUUUCCGAAGAGAUGAAGGGAGCCACAGCUCAAAACAUGCCACACUCACCACUCAACACACAGAUGGUAGCGUUGAGCAUCAGAUCCGAUUCCUUGGAGUGGAGUCGACAUUGGGCCACUCAAGUGCUAGACAAGCAGAGGACUGGAAGAAGAAGGUUCAUGCCCUUGCUGCUCUCUAUAACAAGUUUGAGGAAGUGACGGACAAAAACGGGAAUAAACCAACCUUCAGCGCAAUAGAGUUUACACACAAGCUCAUGGGAAUGUAUGGGGAUCAUGCUGCUGAUCAGAAAGCGAUGUUCAAAUUAAUUCAAAAUUAG